UUAAACCCUUUCGAAGUAAACACAAAAACAAAAUUCAGCAUUUGAAAAUUCUUUGACAAUGGCCAGCAGAGGGUUAGCGCAGAAUGCCGAGCAUCGUGCCACACUGCCAGCGGGGCGAGUGAUUCGCCUGGACAUGGCGGGCAACUUGCAACAGGGCAAUCCGGGGGGACUGCGCAGUGCAGUCAAGUACGACACCGUUUGCCUCAAUGUUGCCAUUUCGUUGGCGCUGUUUGCCACAUUCACCAUGGUGGUGGUGGCGGCAAUGCUCUGGCUGGCGCCCUUCAAAGAUCUCCAGGCCACACCCGAGGAGCUGCAAGCGCGGAAGCAUCACGCGAUUGUGGCAAGGGAGCAGCAGCAGAGGGCGGGCGGCAAGCUGGAGCUGAGCGCGCUCGAGGAGGUGGCCAGUGAGCGGCUGGCGAUGCAGGUGGACCAGGAGGUGCACCGCCUGUGGGUGAAUUACUCCUCGAACACGCCGCAAUUCCUCAAGCACCACAAGAUCAGCGAAACGGAUCUGUAUGGAAUGCUGAAGAGCAUGCCCAAGGGCGGUCUGCUGCACAUCCACGAUGCUGGCAUGAUGAAGCUGGACAUCCUCAUCGAGCUCACGUAUCGCGACGAUCUGUGGGUUUGCGUGGGCAUGAAUCAGGUUUUCGAGAACUUUCGCUUCUCCACGGCGUUUCCGCACAUUGCUCCAUCGGAGGACUACAGCUGCAUCUGGAUGCUGAUGAGCAACUUCCACACGUUCGAGUGGCGCGGACGCUACGAGAAGCAGAUCCGCGAGGGUCUAGUGCUCCAGGAGGGCGGCUACAAGGACACCGCAGAGCUGGCACGGCACAUGCGGCGUAGCCAUCGCCUCAUCCAUGGAUUGGUCACGUUUCAGAGUCUUUGGUCGGACUUUUUGUUCCGCAUGCUCGAGGAUUUCUACAGGGAUGGCGUGCAGUAUGUGGAGCUGCGCUCCUCCCUGCCACUUCUGUAUGAUCUGAAGGGCACCAACUUUACCAUUCUGGACACUGUCAACUCGAUCGUUACCAUAACCAAGUUGUUCCGCUCCACGUAUCCCGAUUUUAUAGGCGUCAAACUGAUUUAUACGCCGGCCCGAGACUCAAACGACAGCCACAUGGAUCAGUAUGUGGAAAAUGCGCGACUGCUGAAGAGCCAUUUCCCCAAUCUCUUUGCGGGACUCGAUCUGAACACCUUUGGGGACGAGUGCCAGCUGCCAGGACUGGCCGAAGCCACACAGCUGCUGCACUUGGGCAAGGAAAUUGAUUUCUACUUCCAGGCGGGCGAGUCGCGCUGCCCGAACAUGACCAAGCCACAUGCGAAUCUCAUCGAUGCCGUGCUGCUGGGCAGCAAGCGGAUCGGCGGUGCCCUCAAUCUGCCCCUCCAUCCGGACAUCCUGCGCACCAUGCGCCACAUGCAGGUGGCCGUAGAGGUGUGUCCACUGUCCAAUCAUUACAGGCAGUAUGUCCAGGAUUUCAGCCAGCAUCCCGCUGCGUAUCUGCUGGCUGCCGGCUAUCCCAUUGUCUUGGGCUCGGACUACCCACACUUCUGGAACGCCGCUCCGCUCACCGAUGACUUUUACGUGGCCUUUGUGGGCAUUGUCAGUGGGCAGGGCAAUCUGCGGCUGCUCAAGCAGCUGGCUCUCAACUCCUUUCUGUACAGCUCCCUGAACUGCGAGGAGCGCACGGCGGCCAUCUUUCAGUGGCGCUGCAAGUGGAAUCGUUGGAUCGAGGAGUUUGUCAAUCAGAACAAGAGCGUGCGGGCAGAUGAUGGCCUGUGAUUCAUUGGCUUUGUGUU